GGAAGCAUAGGACUACCAUGCAAACGUGAUUCUGACUGUAGUCCUGAAAAACGUUGUGUGGACUACCAUGGGCAGUGGCAAUGCAUGGCAGUUGCCGAUGUUAAUCAAUGCCAAACUACGCUUGAUUGCUCGGAAGGUAAAGUAUGCGCUUAUAGCACUUUCACAUCAAGGAACAUUUGUGUCGAUCCAGCAAGCGUAACAGUAGGCGGGAAUGUUGGAUCCCAACCAGGUGCGAAUCCAACAGUUGGCGGAAAUGUUGGUUCCGGAUCAGGAACGAAACCCACGAUUGGUGGCAAUGUAGGAUCCGGGACGGGAGCGAACCCUACAAUAGGUGGCAAUAUCGGCUCAGCAGUAGCAUAUAUCAACAACGGAAUUUCUCCAAGAAGUUAUGCAAAAUUUCCAAUUGAAGCGGAUCCAAAUAGCAUUCUGAAUGGUGGGUCCAAAUAA